AUGUUCCUCCUGACUCUGGUGUCGGAGAGACAUUUUGGACUCCCUACAGAAGCCAUUGUUGUGCUUGGAGGCGGCCAGGGAGCAUUGUGGCCCUGGCUACUAGAUACAAGGCUCUGCAAGUGCAGCCAAAGAAGGUGGGCAUGUCUGCUGCCAGUACAGGAGAGGGGAGAGCAAAGAGCCUGGGUGGUGCCUGGCCAAGGAGGGACAGCACCCGCUGGACCAGCUCACUGUCGACAGAGAAGGACUGGUCGCCUCCGAGGUGGAAGGAGUCAAGUCUACGGUUCGGCCCCGCUAGGAGAGCUUCCUGCCACUCAGGACUCCUCGGCCCAGGCGGGAAAGGCAGAGCGGCAGGAGAGCGCAGAUAGAGUGUGCAGCACCCGGGAGUUCAGAUGGAAGGGGCUGGCUGCAUUUGAGAGCAGGCGCCACUCCUCGCGAGAGAGGCCUUUGGAAGUGGCAGCAGAGACAGCAGAGGAACCGCAGCUUCAGAGGGACCUGCUGAAGGAAGAGGUUCCUCUGGCAGUGCCAAAGGCUUGCCGCCGGCAGCGGGCAGCCCACAGGGGUCUGGAGAAGCUGCUGCAGGAGUUCUCUCGCCAAGGGCACACACUGUCGCAGGUGUGCAGAGAGAAGGCGGCGCAGGCACAAGAGAACGCUGCCCUGGAAGCCCGACUGGCAGGCAUGGAGCGGGACCUAGGAGGCCUUGCCAAGCAGCUGGCAGAGGCCAGGUCCGAGAAGGAGAGCCUGCAGAGCAGCCUGCUGGAGGCUCAGCGGCGCGUGUCGGAGCUGGAGGUCACCAGGAGCCGUCUGGAAGCCCAAGUGCGCACAGCCACACGGGCCCAGGAGGUGAUACUCGAGGAUGUGAAGGGCCUUCGUCAUGAGCUGCAGGCUGUAAGAUCUCUCAGCAAGCAGCAAUGUGAAGAAAUGGUUCAACAGCUCCGCUGGGCAGAAGAGCAGUGCAGCAAGGCUCUCAGAGGCUGGCAAUCUGCACAGGAAGAGGAAACAAGGAAGCUCCAGCAAAAAAUGAAGAGACGUCUGGAACGACAGCGCUUGGAGGCGCAGGCGAUGCUGGAGGAACGGGAAAGCUUCCUGGCAGAGCUCCAGGGUCAGAAGGCUGCUGUCUUAGCCAAGGUGCGCCAGCUGCAAAGGGAGCUAAACCAAAGCCGGCAGCAGCUGGAGCAGCUGAGGCAGCAGCUGAAUGAGGAGCGGGCAAAUGGGCAGUAUAUCAAGGACAAGAUGCAGGCAGAGCUGCAGGAAGCUUGGAGGAGGAUGAAGGCAGUGGAGGAGAGGCACAAAGAAGAAAUGGAAAGGAUGUACAAGAUCCAGCUGCAGUACAGGCUGGCAGAACAAAAGCAGAGGGACAAGGGCUCUGCCAUUGAAGCCGCCGCUGCAGCAGCAUCCUCUGAAGAAGCCUCCUCUCCGCAGCCUGAGAAGCCGAGCAUGAGCAGCUCGCCCCACUCCAGCCAGGAGAGCGAGAAGCCAUGCCUGAAGCUGCUGAGGAAUGUGGUGAGCGUGGCAGACCCCGAAAAGAAAUACACUGGAUGGAAACUUAUUGGCAGAGGGGGUUUUGGAGCCGUUUAUAAGGCCCUGGAGGCUGCCACAGGACGAGCGGUGGCCAUAAAGGAAAUUGAUCUCCAGCACCAGGGCUGCGAGGAAGCAUUGAAAGAAAUCCUGGUCAUGAGGGAAAAGAAGAAUGCCAAUAUUGUCACCUACCUAGAAAGGUAAGUCAUUCUGGUGUUUUUCUGGGAAUCUCAGUUUCCAUACUUGCAAGGCAGAGGUUUAAAGCUCUUGG